AUGGGGAACACCACCUCCUGCUGCGUCUCCUCCAGCCCCAAGCUGCGCAGGAAUGCCCACUCCCGGCUGGAGUCCUACCGCCCCGAGGCCGAGCUGAGCCGGGAGGACACGGGCUGCAACCUGCAGCACAUCAGCGACCGGGAGAACAUCGACGAUUUGAACAUGGAAUUCAACCCAUCAGAUCAUCCACGAGCCAGUACGAUAUUUCUCAGUAAAUCACAAACAGAUGUGAGAGAAAAACGCAAGAGUCUCUAUAUAAACCACCAUCCUCCUGGGCAAUUGAGAAGGAAGUACAGUUCCUGCUCCACUAUUUUCCUGGAUGACAGCACAGUCAGUCAACCAAACCUCAAGUAUACCAUCAAAUGUGUAGCUCUUGCAAUAUAUUACCACAUCAAAAACAGGGACACAGACGGAAGAAUGCUCUUAGAUAUUUUUGAUGAAAACCUUCAUCCCCUUUCGAAAUCCGAAGUGCCACCAGACUACGACAAACAUGACCCAGAGCAGAAACAGAUUUACCGCUUUGUUCGGACGUUGUUCAGUGCUGCUCAACUGACUGCUGAAUGUGCCAUUGUCACCCUGGUGUAUCUUGAAAGACUUUUAACUUAUGCAGAGAUAGAUAUUUGUCCAGCAAACUGGAAGCGAAUUGUACUGGGUGCAAUUCUACUGGCAUCCAAAGUUUGGGACGACCAGGCAGUGUGGAACGUGGAUUACUGCCAGAUCCUGAAAGAUAUCACUGUCGAAGACAUGAAUGAGCUGGAACGCCAAUUUCUUGAGCUGUUGCAGUUUAAUAUUAAUGUUCCCUCCAGUGUUUAUGCCAAGUAUUAUUUUGAUUUGCGUUACCUGGCAGAAGCGAAUAACCUGAGUUUUCCUUUGGAGCCCCUCAGCAGGGACAGGGCAUAUAAACUUGAGGCCAUUUCCCGCUUGUGUGAAGAUAAAUAUAAGGACUUCAGGAAAGCCGCAAAGAAACGGUCAGUCAGUGCUGACAAUCUGACUGUGGUUAGAUGGUCCCCUGCUAUUAUCUCCUAACAGAGGAGACUGGAAUAUUCCUACGGACAUACUGUUUCAUCCAUCCAUUUUUUUGGGGGGUGGGCUGGGGG